CUGCUGGUGCUGGAGCAGGAGCUGAAGGCCGUCACCUACUCGCUGCUGAAGCGGCUGAAGGAGCGCUCGCUGGACAGCCUGCUGGAGGCGGUGGAGUCCCGCGGGGGGAUGCCCGGCGGCUGCGUCCUCGUGGCCCGCACCGAGGUGCGCCUGGGGGGCCUGGCGGCGCCCCCGCACCUCCUCCUGGGCAAAUUGUUCCGCUGGCCCGACCUGCAGCACCCCGCCGAGCUGAAGCCCCUCUGCGAGUGCCAGAGCUUCGGCGUCGCCGACGGACCCACGGUCUGCUGCAACCCCUACCACUUCAGCCGCCUCUGUGGGCCAGAGUCUCCACCACCUCCCUACUCUCGGCUGUCUCCUAAUGAUGAGCAAAAGCCACUGGAUCUAUCAGAUUCCACGUUGUCUUACACUGAAACAGAGGCUACAAACUCUCCCAACGUCACGCCCGGAGAUUUCUCAGACGCCAGCACGUCGCCCGAUGCCGUGAAGAGGAGCCAUUGGUGCAACGUGGCCUACUGGGAGCACCGGACGCGCGUGGGCCGCCUCUACACAGUGUACGAACAGUCUGUCAGUAUCUUCUACGACCUACCUCAAGGAAACGGCUUCUGCCUCGGACAGCUAAACCUGGACAACAGGAGCGAGACUGUGAGAAGGACUCGAAGUAAAAUCGGCUACGGGAUUUUACUGAGCAAGGAACCGGACGGGGUGUGGGCCUACAACCGCAGCGAGCAUCCCAUCUUCGUCAACUCCCCGACACUGGACAUCCCCAACUGUAGGACUCUGAUCGUGCGCAAGGUGAUGCCGGGCUACUCCAUCAAGGUGUUUGACUACGAGAAGUCCUGCCUGCUGCAGCACACGGCCGAGCUGGAUUAUGCAGACGGGCCCUACGACCCCAACAGCGUCCGGAUCAGCUUCGCCAAGGGCUGGGGGCCGUGUUAUUCCAGACAGUUCAUCACGUCCUGUCCUUGCUGGCUGGAGAUCUUACUCAGCAACAACCGAUAACGCCUCUGGCGAAAGGAAAACAACAACAAAACACACACACACACACACACAAAAAGUUGAAAAAAAUGAAAAAAAAAGAAGAAAAAAAAAAAAAAAAGACACAGACUAUCCCAAAUAUCAUCUACCUAGAUUUAAUAUAAAGUUUUAUAUAUUAUAUGAAAAUAUAUAUUAUACUUGUAAUUAUGGAGUCAUUUUUACAAUGUAAUUAUUUAUGUAUGGUGCAAUGUGUAUAUGGACAAAAAACAGAAAAUGCACUUUGGCUUAUAUAAUUCUUUCAAUACAGAUUUUUAAAAAAAGAAAAAAAAACCAACAAAAAUUAUACAGCAAAAAUAGGAGAAAGCCCUAAUUUUGAUGUAUGGUUUUUUAAAUAUUAUUAAUACCCAGACAAAAAGCUAAUACCAGUCACUCAUUGAUAAUAAAGUAUUCGCAUUAUGGGGGG